AUGGGGGAAAGCGGCGGAGGGGGUGGAUGUUGUCCGCCGAUGGAUCUGAUGAGGUCAGAGCCGAUGCAGCUGGUUCAAGUCAUUGUCCCCAUGGAAUCUGCUCAUCUAACCGUCUCUUACCUCGGGGAUCUCGGCCUCGUCCAAUUCAAAGACCUAAAUUCAGAGAAGAGCCCUUUUCAACGUACUUAUGCUGCUCAGGAAAAAUCUAUUGAUUCAAAGCAGGUAAAGCUUGGAUUUCUCACCGGCUUAGUACCUCGUGAAAAGUCGAUGGUCUUUGAAAGGAUUCUAUUCCGUGCUACUAGGGGCAACGUCUUUAUUCGUCAGACUGUAAUUGAAGAGCCAGUCAUUGAUCCCAACUCUGGAGAGAAGGCUGAGAAAAAUGUUUUUGUUGUCUUCUAUUCCGGGGAAAGAGCAAAAAGCAAAAUUCUUAAAAUAUGCGAAGCUUUUGGGGCCAAUCGUUAUCCUUUCAGUGAAGACCUUGGAAAACAAGCUCAAAUGAUAACUGAGGUGUCAGGUCGAUUAACAGAGCUUAAAACCACCAUAGAUGCUGGUUUAGGUCACCGUAACAUAUUGUUGCACACCAUUGGAGAUAAAUUUGAGCUGUGGAAUCUCAAGGUGCGCAAAGAGAAAGCUAUCUAUCAUACUUUGAACAUGCUUAGUCUUGAUGUAACUAAGAAGUGCCUUGUGGCCGAGGGCUGGAGUCCUGUCUUUGCAUCAAACGAUAUUCAAAAUGCACUGAAGCGUGCUGCAGUUGACUCCAAUUCUCAAGUUGGAUCAAUAUUCCAGGUUCUGAGGACCAAAGAGUUGCCACCAACUUAUUUCCGCACAAACAAAUUUACUUCUGCAAUCCAGGAAAUUGUUGAUGCUUAUGGUGUGGCCAAGUAUCAGGAAGCUAAUCCUGGUGUAUUCACAAUCGUCACCUUCCCCUUCCUUUUCGCUGUUAUGUUUGGUGAUUGGGGGCAUGGAAUAUGUUUGCUGCUUGCAACUAUGUACUUGAUAUGGAACGAAAAGAAAUUUUCCAGCCAGAAACUUGGGGACAUUAUGGAGAUGGCUUUUGGUGGUCGUUAUGUCAUAUUCAUGAUGUCACUCUUCUCAAUAUACACUGGUUUAAUCUACAACGAGUUCUUCUCUAUUCCAUACCCAUUGUUUGCUCCCUCAGCCUAUGAUUGCCGUGAUGCUGCAUGCAGCGAGGCUACUACAAUUGGUUUGAUAAAGGUGCGGGACACUUAUCCAUUUGGUCUAGAUCCUGUAUGGCAUGGUACCCGCAGCGAGCUGCCGUUCCUGAACUCGCUGAAGAUGAAAAUGUCAAUCCUUCUCGGAGUUUCUCAAAUGAACCUUGGGAUCAUAAUGAGCUACUUCAAUGCAAGAUUCUUCAAAUCGAGUGUGAAUAUAUGGUUCCAGUUCAUUCCGCAGAUGAUAUUCUUGAACAGCUUGUUUGGGUAUCUCUCGGUCCUCAUCAUCAUAAAAUGGUGCACUGGGUCUCAAGCAGAUUUGUAUCAUGUAAUGAUCUACAUGUUUCUGAGCCCAACCGAUGAGUUAGGAGAAAACCAACUUUUCCCACACCAGAAAACAGUGCAGCUGGUGCUUCUCUUUCUGGCUCUUGUUUCUGUUCCAUGUAUGUUGCUUCCAAAGCCGUUCAUCUUGAAGAAACAACAUGAAGCUAGACAUCAAGGUCAGUCAUACGCACCUCUUGAGGAGACGGAUGAGAGUCUUCAUGUGGAGGCAAACGGAGGAUCCCAUGGGGACGAGGAGUUUGAGUUCAGCGAGAUAUUUGUGCAUCAGCUGAUUCACACCAUAGAGUUUGUGCUCGGAGCUGUUUCCAACACCGCCUCGUAUCUGCGUCUAUGGGCUCUCAGUCUUGCACACUCAGAGUUAUCGUCAGUCUUCUUUGAGAAGGUCCUCCUCCUCGCCUGGGGGUACAACAAUUGGUUGAUAUUGAUCGUUGGGGGAAUAGUGUUCAUAUUCGCGACGGUGGGAGUGUUGCUGGUGAUGGAGACACUGAGCGCGUUCCUUCACGCACUGCGUCUACACUGGGUGGAGUUUCAGAACAAAUUCUACGAAGGAGAUGGUUACAAGUUCGCUCCUUUCUCUUUCACUCUCACCGCAAACGAGGACGAGUGAUUGAUUACUGAUAUGAAUCGAUUAAUUAAUGAUUCAUUCCCAUCUCAUCUUCUCUGCCAUUUGCAUAUAUAAAAGCGGCACUGCCAAACAAUGUUCUAUUUAUUAUUUUCCCCUUCUCUCUAUAAUUUUAUUUAUUUGCCUGUGUGAUCACACUUUUUUUAGACAGAAAAAAAAAGAAGAGGGGAUGAUGAUGGGAUCACACAACCCAUUUGUUGUUGUGUUUGUUUGGAAUUAAAUAAAAUAAUAAUAAUGCGACAAAUAAUGUGAGGAUUUGGGACCUUUGUUUUAUAUAAUAAGAUAAUUUAGUCCUCACUUUUGUGUUGUUUGAUUCAUAUGCAUUUAACCCAGAGUUGGAAAGUUUAGAGAUAAAGCUCACACAUUAAGAUCUAUGACCAUUAUUAAGUGUUGUGAAACUUGGAACUUUGAACUGAUAGCUAGGGGCCCAUAAGUGAGCCAUAACAUAAAUCAACCGCGGUUGUCAUGGACUCAUGGUAUUGAUUUGCUCAACGAAGGAUGGAUACAACUUUUAUUUACAAACUUCAUCUUUCUUUAAAAAAAGCAGAGAGGGAAUAGAGAGUCAAUGCAAAGAGUGCUCGCUCACACAAAUCACCAGAGUGAAUUAAUUUUAUUUAACGAGGCCCUGCUGCUAAGUUAAUGUGAAGUGGUGGAGACGGCGGCUGAAACGGUAGAGACAAGACUGUCAACGCCACAUAUGUUACGGCCUUUGCAAAUCUUAUAGAAACCAUUCUCACCCCAAGUCUCACCCCAAGAGUUCUUGAUGAUCCAGAAAGGCUUCUCCUUGAACCUAGCAGGAGCGUAACCAGCGGAGCCAUAACCGACCAAUAAGACACCGUGGUUGAGGCUCCUGGUGCAUAUGUAAGGGCAGGAGACUCCACCAAUGUAAGUCUGCAUAUAGGCAGCGUUGAUGGCUACAGCAAGAGGUCCGUUUUUAACAAGGUUGGCAGCAAUCUGUUGUUCAUCAAUGGAGAUGACACUGAAGUUGGAGACAGAGGCAACGAUCUUGGACUUGUCUAACUUGCAGACGGGGCCGUCCUUGCCGGUGUAAGGAUAGUCAUCUUCAGUCAUGAGGCCUCCGGUUUUGAGGGUGUAUUCAAAAGCGCUGUUCAUGAGGCCACCGUUGCAACCAGAGUCGCAUGAACCCGCCUCCUCUGGGUCACACUGCAUAGCAUACACAGCACAGAGAUGAUAAUCAGAAUACAAAGAGCAUUCGAGGCAAGCAACAAGAACAAAGUAAAUAACUUGAUUUAAUUAACUUAAUGGUUUUAUAAUAUUUGAUUCAACCUCGUGAUCACAGUCGACGAGCUGUUGUUCGCUAAGGCUGACGAGUUUGCCGGUGGCGAGGAAGUUAGCACCUUCAAGAGCUCCGGUGGCACUGAAACUCCAGCAAGAUCCGCAUGAUCCCUUAUAUUACCAAUCAAAUGAUCGAUCAAUACACAGUCUAACGAAUUCGAUAAGGCAUACAAUAUACCUGGUUUUUGACGGGAGUAACAGCUCCGUGAUCUCUCCAAUCGAAAUCCUCAGGGAGAUUCUCUGUAGGGAGAAUCGGAGCCUUGUUGGCGUCUUUGGGAAGCUUAAACCCGCCUCUGACACCGAGAUGCUUCUUCUUAAACUCAGACCGAGUCAGAUCCGAGAACUGUGUAACUCCGUGACGUGCAGAGGGAUCCAUCUUCUGGUGACGCCUCGCUCGCCUCACAUUCGCUUUGAAUACGGACAACCUGUAAUCGUGCUCCUCCCUGGAAGCGUAGACCUUCCCGAACUUGCUCUUGAACAGAGAAAAGUGAUCUUCCGACGAUAAUACAUUGGCCUCCGCUCCUCCAUCGACCACCUGCCGGAUCACCACAUCAUCGCCGUCCGUCGAUGAGGAGACGGAGACGGCGAGGAGGAAAGAAACAAGGAGAAGGGAGAUGGAAAACUUAAGAAUAUCCAUUUUGAUUUUUUUAAAGAAAUCAGAGAGGAGGAAGGAUUAUUAAUAUAGAACAAGGAAGAUGGAACCCUAAAGGCAAAGCUUAGAAUUGU